AUGCUAUCACCUUCCAAGCAUCAAGAAGAGUACGAUAAUCCUUUUGCCAAUUCAGCAUCUAUAGAUCCCUUUCAAGAUGCUGCCUACAUUGAGCCUGACUUGGACCUGACGGGACAGUCAACCGUAAAUGCACAACCAGCACAGGCAUCAUCACCACAACCUGCUCCAAUGGGUAAUAUAGGAAGCAGUGCAUCUACGACCAGACAGCCUGAGCAACCAUCAGACAACAAUACAAGUGUGUAUUCUGGCCAAGAUACAUUAGAUGAACCAGUGACAGUGACCAUUUCUCGCGAUUUAAAGAAGGUAGGAAACAAGCUGCUACAGGUAUUGCAUCCUAAUGGAGACCGUGAUGUGCUGAGGGACUGGGAUCUUUGGGGCCCACUCUUGUUGUGUUUGACACUUGCCAUUCUGUUGAGUAUAAGAGCUCCUGACAAUCAAGCAGUAUCCAUCUUUACAAGCGUGUUUGUAAUUGUUUGGUUAGGAGCAGCUGUGGUCACAUUGAAUGCGAAACUAUUGGGAGGCGCUGUCAGCUUCUUUCAAUCGGUGUGUGUGAUGGGAUACUGUCUAUUUCCAAUAGUCGUCAGUGCCAUUGUAGCUACGUUUGUGCGAUUGAUUUGGGUGAGAUUGCCUGUGAGUCUGGUGGCAUUUGCUUGGUCAACAUAUGCCUCGAUUGGCUUUAUGUCAGAGUCUCAAAUUCAUUUACAAAAUCGUCGUGCAUUAGCUGUUUUUCCUUUGUUCUUGUUCUAUUUCGUCAUUGCAUGGUUGGUUUUACUCUCAUAG